AUGGGCACAAGUCUUCCAUCAAGAAUCACCUGCAACCUUCCUGCUGAAAACAUUACUGGCUAUUUGAGCCGCCCAGGAGACAUUAUUAUAGGUGGAACCUUUAUGGUCCAUUUGGACAGAGUCUUCAUUGACCUUGAUUUUACGAGGCAACCUCCUGAGAUACAGUGUCAGAUGUUUAUUAUUGAGUACUUCCAGAACAUGCAGGCCUUAAUAUUUGCUGUUGAGGAGAUUAACUCAGACCCUGAACUCCUUCCCAACAUUACACUGGGUUAUCAGGUUUUUGACACGUGUUUUACAUUACGAGAAGCAGCAAAAGGAACUCUCUUAAUGCUGUCAGGAGGAAAGGAAAUGACCCCAAAUUAUAACUGUCAUAAAGGGGCACCUCUUGCUGGGAUUGUUGGUGACUCGUGGACUACAGCAUCUAUCAUAAUGGCCCAAAUAUUGGGACUGUACAGAUACCCACAGAUCAGUUAUUUUGCAACCAGUCCUAUUCUCAACGACCGUGAUCUGUUUCCUUCUUUUUUCCGUACCAUACCCAGUGAUGAAUAUCAAAUGAAAGGUCUGGCACAAUUGGUCUUGUAUUUUGGUUGGACUUGGGUUGGGAUUUUAGCAGAUGAUGACGAUUAUGGACAAUAUGGACUUCAGAUGGUCAAGCAAGAAAUAAUUAAUGGUGGAGCAUGUGUGGCUUUUACUGAAUAUAUCCUUACUGGUCAAGCCAACAGAGAUGCACCGCGCCUUGUUCAAAUACUUAGAGAGUCAACUGCAAAAGUUGUUAUUGUGAUAUCUUCUAAUUUUGUAAUUGUGGUAGAAGAGCUUUUGAAGCAGAAUGUGACUGGUAAUAUCUGGAUAGCCAGUGAGGCUUGGGCAACGUCAGAUUUACUUUCCAAGCAGCGAUAUCAAGGGAUAUUAUUGGGGACCAUCGGACUUGCCAUACACAAUGGGCAGAUGCCAAUGUUCACUAAAUAUCUAAGCAGCCUUCGUCCAUCAAAACAUCUUAACAAUCAAUUCAUAUUGGAUUUUUGGGAGCAAGCCUUUUCAUGUAAGUGGCUCGGUGAUAAAAAUGUAGCCUGGAUCGAUAAUGUCACAGUAAAUGCGUGUACAGGAGAUGAAAACCUGGAAAGUCUUAUAACUGAAGAUUAUCACCGAGUCUCUCUCAGUGUGUACACGGCUGUGUAUGCCAUUGUGUGGGCUGUACAAAGUAUGUUGAAUUGUACACCUGGGGCUGGGCCAUUCCCUGGGGCCUCUUGUUCCAACAUCUCUUCAUUUCAAGCUUGGCAGGUGCGGAAAAACAUUUUUUACUGA